CCAGCAUUGCUACUGCUUCUGCUCUUGUCUGUUUUUCCUCUUGGAGAAGCUUUAAGAAGCUAGCCUUUCUCAAGUUUUCUUUUCAUUCUGGAGAGGUCUGCGUGCUUCGGUUUUCACACAUGGGAUUUCAUCAAAUAGACCUGCUGCUAUUGUUGUGUCCAGAACAUCCACGUUGUUGAGACCAUCAGGAUUUACAACUGCAGGACACAACGCUGAACUCUAUUGACAUGCUGUCGGUCACUGUUUACCUUUAUUUUAAUGUAGUAUGAAGGAACGCUGCUUUAUUCUGCAAUCAACACAUGCAGAUCACAUCAGAGAUCUCCUCCGGGUUCUCAUUACGAUUUUUUUGGACUACUUAUGAACAGUGUUGGAUCAGUUUCAACCCCUGUCUCUCUGCAGUCAGCAUGUGCGACGUGUUGUUUCCGGUUUUGUCUCUCCAUUGCGUUCUGUAGUUAAUGGUUCAUCAAGUUUUUGUGUUGUCACUUUUCUUGGACGUCGCAAUGGGUUGUGUGUUCUCCUUACCGGAGGAUCGGCUGGUCACGGUAGAUAGGGCUCCGACCACUAGGGACACCAGUUUUAUUGACAAGAUGAAGAAAACGGGUAAGAAUAUCGUGGUGUUUUACGGCUCUCAGACCGGCACAGCGGAAGAGUUUUCCAACAGACUCGCUAAAGAUGCUCAUCGCUACGGCAUGAAGGGGAUGGCAGCAGACCCGGAAGAAUAUGAUUUGAGUGAGCUUUCUCGUAUGGGGGAGAUCGACAACUCUUUGGCGAUCUUCUGCUUGGCCACCUAUGGAGAGGGCGACCCCACCGAUAAUGCCCAAGACUUCUAUGAUUGGCUACAGGAGGCUGAUGCUGAUUUUAGCGGACUUAAAUAUACAGUGUUUGCACUGGGCAAUAAGACAUACGAGCACUACAACGCCAUGGGGAAAUAUGUGGACAAGAGACUGGAGGAGCUGGGGGCGCAGAGAAUCUUUGACCUGGGAAUGGGAGACGACGAUGGAAAUCUGGAGGAGGACUUUGUGUCUUGGAGGGAGCAGUUCUGGCCGGCUGUUUGCGAACAUUUUGGCGUUGAGGCGACCGGUGAAGAGUCCAGCAUCCGUCAGUAUGAGCUGAAGGUACACACUGAUCUGAACAUGAAUAAAGUCUACACUGGAGAGCUGGGACGACUCAAGAGCUUUGAGAACCAGAAACCACCCUUCGAUUCGAAGAACCCUUUCCUGGCACCAGUUACUGUGAACCGCAAACUCAAUAAAGGCGGCGAGAGACAUCUGAUGCACCUGGAGCUGGACAUCACAGGCUCCAAAAUCAGAUACGAAUCAGGAGACCAUGUCGCAGUGUACCCCAUCAACGACACAGCAAUGGUGAACAAGAUCGGGGAGCUGCUUGCUGUGGAUCUGGACACUGUGAUCUCCCUCAACAACCUCGACGAGGAGUCCAAUAAGAAGCAUCCGUUCCCCUGCCCGACCACAUAUCGUACAGCUCUGACUCAUUAUCUGGACAUCACAAACUCUCCACGCACAAAUGUACUUUAUGAACUGGCACAAUACGCCAGCGACCCCAAAGAUCAGGAGAACAUGAGGAAAAUGGCCUCCUCUUCAGCUGAGGGCAAAGCACAGUACCAGAGCUGGGUGCUGGACUCCUGCAGGAAUAUUGUGGCUAUUCUUGAGGAUUUGCCGUCUUUACGGCCACCGAUUGACCACCUCUGUGAGCUUCUGCCACGGCUGCAGGCCCGCUACUACUCCAUUUCAUCAUCUUCAAAGGUUCACCCCAACAGCAUCCACAUCUGUGCUGUAGUGGUGGAGUACCAGACCAAGACUGGCCGGGUUAAUAAAGGAGUCGCCACAAACUGGCUGAAGAACAAAAUGCCCACCGACAACGGACACAAAGCUACGGUGCCCAUGUACAUCCGCAAAUCUCAGUUCCGACUUCCCUUCAAGUCCACAAACCCAAUUAUAAUGAUUGGACCUGGCACGGGUAUUGCACCCUUCAUAGGGUUCAUUCAGGAGCGCGGGUGGCUCAAAGAACAAGGAAAGGAAGUGGGAGAGACUGUGUUAUACUUUGGCUGUCGUCACAAGAACGAGGACUUUCUGUAUCAAGAGGAACUUGCGCAGUUUGAAAAGACUGGAGUUCUGACAACACUCAAUGUAGCUUUUUCCAGAGACCAGGCAGAGAAGGUCUAUGUGCAGCAUCACCUGAAGAACAACAAGGAGGCAGUUUGGAAGCUGGUUCACACAGACAAUGCCCACAUCUACAUCUGUGGAGAUGCUCGUAACAUGGCUCGCGAUGUGCAGACCGCCUUCUACGAGAUUGCAGAGGAGCUGGGCGGGAUGAGCCGGCCUCAAGCUGUAGACUACAUCAAGAAACUGAUGACUAAAGGACGCUACUCGCAGGACGUCUGGAGUUAAACAACCCUUCAGAGCGACAACAUCCCUGAUGUUGGGGGUUGUAUUAGUAUGAGUUUAACCCUUGUGUGCUGGGGGGGUUUGGGGGGGGGGGGGGGGUUUGAGGCUUAAUUUGGCCACAACUUUCUUUGUGUUUCAGCCAAUGGAAUGAUUUUUGUUGACAAAUAUUAUUUUGGGAAAAUGCUUCGAAUUAUUUUUCAAAAUUCAACAAUAUACUCAAAUUGACUACUCUUUCUUUAUGAUGGGGGCUGUUUUUGACCCAUUGGCAUCCAUUAUAAUGACUUCUUUGAAUGCAAAGCCAUGCCAACAUACAAUCACACAUUCUAGAUUGUUGCUGGUGUCAUUUUUACUGUUGAUGUUGAUCAUAUGCCAUCAUGGCUUUGCAAUCAAAAAUAUCCUUAUAAUGGAAGCCAAUGGGGCAGAAACAGCCCCCAACAUAACCAAAGAGUAGCCAGUUUGAACAGUACACAAGGGUUAAAUGUGUUCGCUUCAAACAUUCUGACAUGUUUGUCCGAAAGAAGGGAAUAUUGGAGAAAAAACAAAUAUUUAAAGAAGCGACUAUGUAAAAUAAAGGUCUUACCAUUCUAGCUAGACACAUUAAGCAUGUAACGUUAGGAUCACAUACGUUUUAAUAUUCACUAAAUGCAGUGGAGUUGGCAUUAUUACUGAAUUUAUAUUUGGAUCCAUGCUCUAAUGGUACCUUAUAAGCACGAAGAGACUUUUAACUUGUAUUGUUGAACAUUUUGGGCAACACUUUAGUUUAAGCAACAAUUCACACCAUUUACCACUGGCUUAUUACCUGCAUAUUAUCUGUUUAUUAGCACUUAUAAAGUUUAAUCUUAUUUUACAUGCCUUGUCCUACCCAAUACCCAAACCUAAACCCAACUAAUACCCUACUAAUAAUAAGCAGUAGUUUAUUGAGCUUAUUAGUGUGAACUGUACAUUAAAGUGUGACCUUUAGAUAUUCACUUUUGAAGACUUUCAGAGGUCAUACAUGGUGACCAACAGUGGAUCAUGUGUUUGUUUUAGUUUUAUUUGACCAAAUAUGAAUGUAACUGAAUUCCAGACUGAAUGUCCUUCACAGAUUUUGCUCCUGUGGUAAUAAUUACGCAUACCUGCAUGUUAAAAAGUGUGUGUGUGUAUGAGGGUGGACGACUUCUGGAGAAUUGAUUUCUCAAGCCCCUAGUGCCUUAUUUACUGUGUAGUUCCCAUUGGUGGACCUUGAAAACCAGCACUGCUGCUGAAAAGUUUACUCUGUUGGGAGAUGAUAGAAUGACUUUUAUUUUGGCGUAAUCACGUUUUAUAUGCAGCUGUUGUUUCCGAUUGCGAUUUAGGCACGUCUUUUUAAUAAAUAAAUCUCAAUUUAACAUCA